AUGGUCUGGAUGAUUGGGAUAAAAUAUGGGUCUGAAUCAGAGUCAAAUUCAAAGUCAAGUUCAAAGUCAAGGUCAAGCCAGACCAUGGUCAAAUGUAAAAUGUGCUGCACACCCUCAAGGUUGACUGCAGUAAAUAUAAAAAAGUCACCACCAGGAAAAGAGGGAUUUUGUCAUGAAAUAUAUGCACCAAUUUGUGGAUCUGAUAGCAAAACUUACCCUAAUGAUUGCUUCUUCUGUUUUGAAGUUCAAAAAACUGACAACAAACUUAAAUUUGUUCAUUUUGGAAAGUGUUGAAUCUAUCUUGUGAUUCCAGUUCACACGAAACACACUUCUUCUCCCAUAUAACCUAUGCCGCAUUGCUUAAUCUUGUCA